AUGGCCGACCUUGCUAGUCGCAUCACUGAGCCUGCCGCCGAGGGCGCGGCUCAGGAAGCCCAGGAGGCUCAGAUUCCCCAAGUUGACGGGAAUGUUGAGGCUCUUGGUGGAUCUGGUCUCAUUGAGAAUACUUACGAUGUCGAUGUCAAGCUGGGCGAUCUCCAGUCCGACCAGAACAGCACUCUAUACUCGGCUUCAACCUUCGCCGAUAUGAACCUGCGCGAGGAAAUUCUUCGCGGUCUUCUUUCUCUCAACUACCAAAAGCCCUCCAAGAUCCAGGAGAAGGCUCUUCCCUUGAUGCUGUCCGACCCUCCUCGAAAUAUGAUUGCCCAGUCGCAAUCCGGAACCGGCAAGACCGCUGCCUUCGUCGUUACGACCUUGUCGCGAGUCGAUUUCACCGAGCUCGAGCAGCCCCAGGCUUUGAUGCUGGCUCCCAGUCGCGAGCUUGCUCGUCAGAUUGAGGGCGUUGUCGGCAAAAUCGGCAGCUUCUGCGAAGGUCUUAGAGUUGCUGCAGCUCUUCCUGGUGCAUUGGAGCGCAAUGCCCCUGUCAGAGCCAAUGUCAUCGUUGGAACACCUGGUACCGUUAUGGACAUCAUCCGCAGACGUCAGCUGGAUGUUACGAAGCUUCGGCUCCUCGUCAUUGACGAGGCCGAUAACAUGCUGGACCAGCAAGGCCUCGGCGAGCAGUGUCUCCGAGUCAAGAACAUGCUGCCCCCCGACAUUCAGAUCCUCCUGUUCUCCGCCACCUUCCCAGACAAGGUCAUGGGCUUCGCCGAGAAGUUUGCGCCCAAGGCUGAUCAGAUCCGUCUGAAGCACACCGAGCUCACCGUCAAGGGCAUUUCCCAGAUGUACAUCGAUUGUCCUACCGAGCAGGACAAGUAUGAAGUGCUAGUGAAGCUGUACGGUCUCAUGACCAUUGGCUCCUCCGUCAUCUUCGUCAAGACUCGUGAAAGUGCGGAUGAGAUUAAGCGGAGGAUGGAAGCUGACGGUCAUCGUGUAUCCGCUCUCCACGGUGCCAAGGAUGGCCCAGAGCGCGAUCGUCUUUUGGAGGAAUUCAGAACCGGCCAGUCCAAGGUCCUUCUCACCACCAACGUUUUGGCCCGCGGCAUCGAUGUGUCCAGUGUCUCCAUGGUCAUCAACUACGACAUCCCCAUGAAGGGACGUGGAGAUUCGGAGCCUGACCCCGAGACCUACCUGCACCGCAUUGGCCGCACGGGACGUUUCGGCCGCAUCGGUGUGAGCAUCAGUUUCGUCUACGAUAAGAAGAGCUUCUACGCUCUCAAGAAUAUCGCAGAUAUGUACGAGAUCGAUCUCGUUCAGUUGGAUGCCAACGACUGGGACCAGACAGAGGAAGACGUGCAGAAGGUCAUCAAGUCCAACCGUGCCAAGGCUGCAUUCGCUCCCAGCGCGACCGAUGCCAGCGUCAAGGCGUAG